AUGGAAGAUGCCUCGUCGUCAUCUCGAUUCCUCCUACGAGUCUCUCUUGUGAUCAUGGCAACGACGACGAUGCUAGCUGGAGCCUCGUCGUCGUCGACGGCCGGGCGCGCCAUCUCGCUGCCGGGGUGCCCGGACAAGUGCGGCGACGUCUUCAUCCCCUACCCGUUCGGCGUCGGCGACCGCUGCGCCGCCGUCCACCUGAACCCCUACUUCAACAUCACCUGCAACGACACCGUGUCGCCACCGGUGCCCAUGCUGGGCGACCCUGGCCUGCAGGCCGUCGUCCUCAACAUCUCCCUGGAGCGCGGCGAGCUUCGCCUCAACGGGUUCGUGAGCUAUGUCUGCUACACGUCCAACGCUAGCUCGUACGCCAGCCUCCCCGGCGGCAUCUACGUCAGCGUCACGCAGCUCCGCGUGUCGCCGUCGCGCAACCAGCUCACGGUGAUCGGGUGCAACGCUCUGGGGUUGAUGGGCGGCGCCCACGUGGCCCGCCCCGACGACGGCGGCGGCGACGAGUACGCGACCGGGUGCUACACCCACUGCGCCGGCCUGAACAGCACGGACCCCGACGGCUCGCCGUGCGCCGGUUCGGGGUGCUGCCAGGUCCCCAUCUCGCCGAACCUCGCCAGGGUCGGCACGGCGUUCCCCAGGAACUGGACGAACAGCGCGUGGAGUUUCAACCCGUGCUUCUACGCCGUGAUCGCGGAGGCCGGGUGGUACAGCUUCCGGCGGCGCCACCUCGCCGGCGUGCUUGGUUUCGUCAACGAGACCAACCUCAGGGACAUCCCCGUGGUCCUGGACUGGGCCGUGAGGGACGGGGGGUGCCCGGUGACGGCGGAGGAGAAGGCGCGGCGGGCGUACGCGUGCAAGAGCGCAAACAGCGAGUGCGUGAACUCCACCAACAGCGUGGGGUACUCCUGCUACUGCUCCCAUGGCUACCAGGGCAACCCCUAUCUUGAAGACGGUUGCCAAGAUGUAGAUGAAUGUGCGUUGCGAAGGCAGAGUAGGUACUACGAGGAUAUGUAUCCUUGCAAGCACGGUAUCUGCAUCAAUACACCAGGGAGCUACCGCUGCAGAUGCAAGGCAGGAACAAAACCAGAUGGCACAAAUUUCGGAUGCCAACAAGUGCUCCCCAUGGCUGCAAAAGUGAUCAUAGGCCUGAGUGUCUGUUCCAUCUUCAUCAUGGCCCUGUCAUGCUUGCUGGUGAUCCAAUUUCAGAGAAGGAAGCACAUCAUCGAGAAAGAGGAGUACUUCAGGCGAAACGGGGGCCUGAGGCUGUACGACGAGAUGAUGUCGCGGCAGGUCGACACGGUGCGCGUGCUCACCGUCGACGAGAUCAAGAAAGCCACCGACAACUUCAGCGACGACCGCGUCCUCGGCCGCGGCGGCCACGGCACGGUGUACCGGGGCACGCUGGACGAUCUCCGGGAGGUCGCCAUCAAGAGGUCCAAGGCGGCGGUCGACGACGACGGCGGCGACGGCGGUGGCUGCAAGGAGGAGUUCGUCAACGAGAUCAUCGUCCUGUCGCAGAUCAACCACCGCCACGUCGUUCGGCUGCUCGGCUGCUGCCUGGAGGUGCACGUCCCGAUGCUCGUCUACGAGUUCGUCCCCAACGGCACCCUGUUCGAGCUGCUCCACGGCGGCGCCGGCGAUGGCAGUCGCCGCAGGACGCGCACGCCGGUGUCACUUGGCCUCCGUCUCAAGAUCGCGGCGCAGUCCGCGGAGGCGCUGGCGUACCUGCACUCCUCGGCGUCGCGCGCGAUCCUGCACGGCGACGUGAAGUCCCUCAACAUCCUGCUCGACGACGGGCUCGACGCCAAGGUCGCCGACUUCGGCGCGUCGGCGCUGAGGUCGAUGGGCGAGGGCGAGUUCAUCGAGUUCGUGCAGGGCACCCUCGGCUACCUCGACCCGGAGAGCUUCGUCAACCGGGAGCUCACCGACAAGAGCGACGUGUACAGCUUCGGCGUCGUCCUCGUGGAGCUCGUCACGCGCAGGAAGGCGGUGUACGACGACGGCUCCGGCGAGAAGCGGUCGCUGUCCUCCACGUUCCUCGCAGCCUCCGGCCGCGGCGAGCUCUGGAGAGUGUUCGACCGUGAGAUCAUGGACGGCGUCGACGACGACGCCGUGGCCGUGGCCGUGGACGUGCUCCGCGAGGUCGCCGGGCUCGCCGCGCAGUGCCUGAGCCCGAGAGGCGGUGAGAGGCCGGCGAUGAAGGAGGUGGCGGAGCGGCUGCAGGCGGCGAGGAGGGUGGAGAUGCAGGUGGCGGGAAGAAAGAGCUCCAGCAGCACCACCGGUGACGACAUGGAUGGCUUCUAUGGAGGCUCAGCCGUGCAGCAGCAGCAGCAGCAGCAUGGCCAUGGCCAUGGCCAUUGGGACGCGGUGUCGUCUUGUUACUACAGCGUGGAGACGGAGAAGCUGCAGCUGGAUGUUGAUCUUGUACGCUGA